AUGGAGAAUAGAGAAGGGUUUGCGGCUGAACAGGUCAGAUGCGACGGACCUUGUGGUCAUAAGUAUCCUCCAGAAGCUUUGGAAGCCUUGGGGAGAUGUGGACAUUUUCUCUGUGAUAUAUGUCAUGGACUUGUCUAUAAUGAAGAUGGAACGAAAGGAUGCAGCAAUUUCGAUUGCGUCUAUGCCACUCUUUACUCAUAUCUACCAGAAGCUUAUGCUCGACGGGCUUAUGAAAGCCAUAUAUUGGCUCGCCAAAGAGCUAGAGAAAAGCGAGACAAACCAGCAGCAUCUCAACAGAGUGCUUGUACAAAUCAACCUUCGUCAAAGAGUUCUUGUGAUCAGAAAGGGCAAAGCGGAUGUAGAACGUCAAGUCGUCCUCGCACACCCCGUCAACUCGGCAGAAAGAGUUCCCUGACGUUCGUCAAUAGGCGAGGUUCCAAGAAAAGGAGUCCAGCACAGAGUCGUACCCCUCUUGAGGACGAUCCGCAGACGUCAAAUUUGCCAAACAGCUCUGGCCCUCGCUCUCCACCGGAUCAAUGGAGCCGUAAAAUGCGUGUGCUCGACGCAAUCUUCUCGGAUAUGAGCGUUGCUUCCAGCACCCAAGAAGGUCCAACAAGCGAAUUCGAACUGUUGAACAUACGCUUGAUGAUAUUUGAACCUGGUCCAUUCAAGACUAUAAAACGGUUAGUUUCUUCAAACUUGCAAUUUCACGAUGAACCAAAAGGGCAGUAUGUGAACUUGUCCCGAUGCGAGAUCCGAGUUUUGACGGCGCGACAAAGCCGAGCUAACAAUAAGUGGGAAACGCCGAGUUUCUGCGCAUCACCUCAUCUCGGAUCCCUGGAAAUGACAGUGCAACAGGCGCACAAAAGUAAAUUUUACAGCGUUCACAUCAGUCGAGAAAUGUCGGCUGCUUUGACAGUAAAAGAAGCACUCGAUGAGCUAGUGGAUAGAAGAAACGGGAAUAUCCGCCACGAGUGCCCCUCUCGACUGUACUUCUGUUCCGAAAACACAAGUGAAGGACUCCGUCGUAUAAGCGUUGAAGAGGUACGGCGGAUCAUGCUUUGUUCAACAUGA